GUUUCAUUUCGGGUUCGCUCCAGUAAGACUAAGUAAGAAAAAGAAAAAAAAAAAAAUAAAAAAAAAAUAAGAAUCUCUGGAGCUGGUUUUUCUCCACCACCGCCUUCUUGCGCGUUUGAUGAAAAGGUUGAGAAACGACGCGGUUCGAGAGUUUGGUUUGGCUUUCCAGCUGAUCGAAUCCUCCUCCCACCAUGGAGUACACGUCCUCCCCGAAACCGCAGCUCUCGACCCGGGCGAACGCGUUUUCCAUCGCGGCCCUCAUGUCAAAUGGCAAAGCGAAGGACAAGAGCACGGAGGAAAACACCAUCAAGCCUCUGGAACAAUUCGUGGAGAAGUCCUCCUGUAGCCAGAACCUGGGGGAGCUGUCCGCCUUGGAAGCUCACGGGGAGUUCGGCGGGAGCGCGCCCGCCAUGUGCACGGAGCCGCUCAUUCCCACGACGCCGAGCGCGCCCAGCGAGGAGAUGGCCAAGAUCUCCUGCAGCCUGGAGACCAAGGAGCUGUGGGACAAGUUCCACGACCUCGGCACCGAAAUGAUCAUCACGAAAUCGGGAAGAAGAAUGUUCCCAACUAUUCGCGUGUCCUUCUCCGGCGUCGACCCAGACGCCAAGUACAUCGUACUGAUGGACAUUGUCCCUGUGGACAACAAGCGCUACCGCUAUGCCUACCAUAGGUCCUCGUGGCUCGUGGCAGGAAAGGCGGACCCCCCGCUGCCCGCACGGUUGUACGUGCACCCAGACUCCCCGUUCACCGGCGAGCAGCUGCUGAAGCAAAUGGUCUCCUUCGAGAAAGUGAAGCUGACCAACAACGAGCUCGACCAACACGGACAUAUCAUCCUCAACUCCAUGCACAAGUACCAGCCCCGUGUUCACAUCAUCAAGAAAAAGGACCACACAGCUUCACUGCUCAACCUGAAAUCUGAGGAAUUCCGCACCUUUGUCUUCACUGAGACCACCUUUACCGCGGUCACUGCUUAUCAGAAUCAGCUGAUCACCAAACUGAAAAUAGACAGCAACCCCUUUGCUAAAGGUUUCAGAGACUCAUCAAGGCUUACAGACAUAGAAAGGGAAAGUGUUGAGAGCUUGAUACACAAGCACUCGUAUGCGAGGUCACCGAUACGGACGUACACUGCAGAUGAAGAAACCCUUGGGGAUGAUGGACACUCGGUUCACACAAGGGGGUCUGCCUUCACAGCCUCCGACAAUCUACCACUGAGCUCCUGGGUGACCACCACCUCCAGCUUCUCUGGCUUCCAGCACCCGCAGUCACUUUCUGCUAUUGGGACAAGCACAGCUUCUCUGGCCAGCCCACUGCCACAUAGCAUCCAGAGCUCCCUGCCCACAUAUAGCCGGCUGGGCAUGCCCCUCACUCCCUCUGCCCUGGCCAGUAGUAUGCACAGCAGCGGUCCCACCUUCCCCUCUUUCCACAUCCCCCGCUACCACCACUACUUCCAGCAGGGGCCAUAUGCCGCCAUCCAGGGACUGAGACACUCCUCCACAGUCAUGACCCCCUUCGUAUGACUCCUCAUUUGGAAGACCAGGAACCAGCUCUCAAAAUACAGCCCGUAACCCCCGCGCCUACAUACGCUAUCGUCUUCCAGCCCUCAUCAUCCUCU